AUGAUGAGUAAUCAGAGAAUAUUUUGUAAGUGUCUACGUGACAGUUGUUAAGGUUUGUCUGGGAAGCUAAAAAAGAAUCUGUUACUGUAAUUCUUGAAAAUUCCGGCAAUAAAAACAGAGAUUGUAAUCACUGAAAAAAGUUUCGGUAAUUUCGAAAAUUGUAAUACUGAAAAACUAGGAGACUUGAUUACAAAGCUUUGUUUUUGAUUUUUAUGUAAUAUCCAUGUCUAAAAGUACAAGCAGCUAAAGAACAAUAAAAUUUAUGGGUGGUCUGGCCUACAAGGAUAUGAAACUUGAAACAAUUUACAAAUUUGAAGUGGUCUCCUGUUUUUAUAAAGUUCAACAAAAGUGUUUUCUUGAAAGCAAGCGUUUUAAUCUGGCGAUUAAACAAAAUUUUUUAUAGUCGCGGUGAGCAACUAUGAAAAAUUUGGAUAGCGGUCAAAGAAAAACGUUUUUCGGCCGUGUCAUUGAAAAUCUGAUGGUUCUGUAAGCUAUGAAAGAUGUCAGCUGCUGCAAGGAGAGAGUUAGAAAUUCCCAAUAAACUAUCGAUCUAAAUUUAUGCCAAGUUACAUCCAAAUUACGGCAGCACGGCUUUUCUAGAGUAAAUACAUCAAAGUUAUUGGUGUAGAAUAGCCUUCCUUUAGGUAUUCCUUUUUUCAUGUGUUUCAAUUACAGAUCUCCACAAAUGGAUCGGGUUUUCUUUCAACUGUAUUUCCUUUUCAACCAGUUCAAUGCUCUUGUAUUUGGUGCUAAAGAAGUCGCGGAAGAUGCCAAAUAUUCGUCCGAUUUUAUUGGCUGGAGCAGUAAUUGACUUUACAUAUUCUUUGCUCAAUUUAUGUGCUAAUCACGUAAGAAAUAAUUAAAAAAUGAAAAAUGGUUUUUAGAUGUUUAUUGUGUCCGAUAAAUCGCUGUUAUUGUUGACCGACCCCAUGCUACCGUUUCCUCAGAUAAUCUGCGACGCUAUUCUGGUGAUCGGCGGAUUUUUUGUGGCUCUAAGUUGGCUAACAGUCCCAGUCCAGUAUAAUUACCGACUGUAUAUCAUUAAACAGUAAGUUAUUACACUUUUACACCCCUUUUUAAUUAAACUUUACGCUAAUUUCAAUCCUUUUUUAGCGGCUCUGCUCCUCCAUGGAGCCUUUUAUUAAUCCAAGCUACAAUGGUGCUAAUUAUGAGCUCAAUUGGGACAUAUCUAAUCUAUUUUGUAUACUUCGUCGGUAAAGAUGCAGCACUGGUCAGUAAUGUAAUGGAGUUGAUGAAGAUUGACUUUGAUGAGAAUCUCGUCUUCGGCAAGAAAUUCGUGAGUUAUCUUACGCUUUAAAGAGAUGAGAUUUACUGAGUUUGUAUUUUCCAUUUUUCAACUCCUUUAUGUUUACUAAAGUAUUGUCUGUCAAUUGCAAAUAGGUUUGGCUGGUUUUGUAUUCAUGGGGUGAGAUGAUACCUGUUUUUAUAACACUGCAAAGGCCUUUAUUACAAAUGGGAUUGAACGUCUGUCUGUCGCAAACUUUUAAUUGUAAGAAACAAAAAAAUUUGUAGAAGAGAGAAUAAAGAAAAUCCUUAGAACCAGACUAGAACCUGCUGUUUAACAACCUCGUAUACAAAUUUAAACAAACCAUGGUAAACAUGCAUAGAUCAAAAAUAAAUAGGCCGCAAAAGGGCUUUAACAAGCCCUAUUAGCAGUAAUUUUAUCUUCUUCCAGGAAGUAAAGCGUUGAAAAAUAAUUUUACUGCACAGUUUUGGAUGACAUAUUCAAACCACAUUCCAAGCACUCCAAAUUACUUGGUCUUUGAAUAGAUCCAUUUCAUCACCGGAAAAAACAUUUUCGUGUCCAAUUUUUUACACUCACAUUUGCUACAAGCGAAAGACCAUCCAGAAAAGUCGCUUUCUAUGUAAAGUAAUCAAAGAUUGCAACAUAACUUUUUGCGAUUAUUCUUAUGUUAUUUUUUUGUGAUCAUCUGGUCUUUUAGAGAUUUUACAAAAUUUGUAAUGUUAUUUAUGCCUUUUAGGAGAGCCCACCAAUGCAGAUUUACUUUGCAUACUUUUCUCUGAUGUCCACGUUGGCUUUGAUUAACAUUGUUAUCGCGGAUCGAAAGAUUCGGCAAAAUUUGAAAGCAAAAGAAAGCAUAAUGGGGAAGAGGACAAAGAAGUUACAUGCGGAGUUGAGCAAAGCGCUGUUUGUUAUGGUGAGUUUUAAAAAAAUUAUCCCGGAUUUACAGGGCUGCUUUGCGUUUCUUACAAGGAAAGUACUUUUAUGGGGGCUCCUACUUUUUGACGGGACAUAUCUCAAAAAAUCAGAAAAAAUGUGCUGAUCAAGGAUAUAUAAAUCUUAGCUGCCCAUUUUAGGUUUUUAGGGGUGAAAAUGCCCAAAAACUGACUUAAUUUCCCUACAAAAGGCGCAGGCAUUCGAAACGAUAAAAAGCGCAGUCGGUCUCUUCCUUCGGAAGAGAGCGGCGUGGCCGAGUGGUUAGUGCCGUAGUCUGGGAAUCAAGAGGGGGAACGCCGCACGGGUUCGAUUUCCCUUUUGGGCUGAAUCAACUUUUUUUAAAGUUGAAGGUCGGAAAAAUAAAUUUUUGGGCCAAGACUGGUUUAUUACGUCUUAGAAACCGAAUAAACAUCAUUUUAAGCCAAAAUAAAAAUUGUAAACCUGUGAAAAAUUAAGCGAAAAGGGGUUUAUAUAGGACUUUAAGUCAACUUCCGAUUGAGUUUUCACCCCUAAAAACUUAAAAUGGGCAGCUAAGAUUUAUAUAUCCUUGAUCAGCACAUUUUUCCUGAUUUUUUGAGAUAUGUCCCGUCAAAAAGUAGGAGCCCCCAUAAAAGUACUUUCCUUGUUAAAAUUAGGAAGACAUGUCUAAAAAUUUGACAUUUGUCUAAUUUCUGCAAACUCUUUUAUAUACUACAAAAUUUUGUCUCUCUGCAACGCGCACGUUGAAAACGUGUUUUACGUGAGUUCGGGCUAUCUCAAGCCAUGGAAUUCUAUAUCUUCAGUGUAACAAGGAACACAAAGACACAAAAAAUUUAGUUUUGAACAUAGAUUUCCUCGUAUUCUACAAAAUACAAUACACUGAAAGAAAAAACAUCAUAAAUUUUUGAUGUUUUUCAUCAGUCUAUUAGAUUUUGAUAAAAACAUCAAAAAAAUUUUUUUGAUGUUUCGUUUCAUCAAAAAGAAAAAAAAAAUGCGAUGUUUUUUUUUGAUGUGGCGCACAUCAAAAAUUUUUGAUGUUUGGAAAAUCAAAUAUUUCUGAUAAUUUAUCAAAAAAUGAUACAAAUAAUGUUAGUUAAACGAUUUAUUCAAAUAAACCGUUAGCCACAACAUAAUUUCAGCCAAAUGGCUGUAAUAUUCAAAGAAGUUGACCAUGUCGCCUUUAUGCAAACUCAAUGAAACGGGUGUUUCUGGCUCUGAUCCCAGACAACGAUCGGAAGACAGGGUCGUUGCGUCGUGGAACAUGUCAUUCACCACGCCAUUACCACCGGGUGCCCGCAUCGCAUGGCCUAAAGAUCAAACUACUACAAUAUAAAUAACUCACAUGUUUGAUGAAUCCCGACUUCUGAAAUAUCGAAAGUAUACUGUUUUCCAUUGAUCAUCAAGCUUCUGGACGGCACAGGCCUGCAAAUACACGAUGUUAAUUUUACCGUCAUCAACCGCAGGCCGUCUUACCGAAAACACCAUUCCAACUCUUCCAUGUUAAUGCUGACGAUGGAGAUUAUCACGGGUUGAUGAUGGUCCUUGACGGAAAAAUUGACAUCCACCUAUAAAUUUACACAAUCAAAAUUUUAAAAUUCUGAAAAUAUUUUACGAGCUCACCAUGGAUAAGAUACCACGACGAGUAUUCCCUAAACAGUUAUAGAUGUAAUUCUCCUUCUAGUUAGGCGGAGCGCAAGUCCAGGUAAUCCUUCACGUCCGGGCAGACCUUGCGGUAAAGCGGAUAGGUCUUGAUGGUGCCAACUUCCAUUACCCAAUUGAUGAUGUUGCUGUGUGAUGGAGCAUAUUCAUUUUGCGGGAAAACAACACACCCAGAACGGGAGUCGCUCUGAAGUCAAGUGCAAUAUAAAGAAAGGCCUGAAAUUGAAAGAAAUUCGAUAAAAUUUAAAUCCAAAGACCUUGCAAACGAAGUUACAUAACCUUUCAUUUACUGAUCUAAACAUAAAAGAAAACAACAACAAAAUUCGCUUACCUCACCUGACAAUCACGAUCGUUUACAAAAAGUAGCAAAAUUUAUGAAGAGAAAUCCGACCGAUUUCUUGUAUCUUUCUUUUUGGAGUUCAAUUUGCGAAUUGCAAUUUGAUAAACCCAAACAUCAAAAAAAAUUUUUUGAUGAAAACAUCAAAAUCUCCUGCUUUUGAUGUCGUCGACAUCAUAAAUGCGUGAUGUUUUAUUUUGAUGAAUUUGAAUUUGAUGUUUUUUCUUUUAGUGUACAAUUACAUUAAGAUUAAAAGUAUUGUUUGCAGGCGAUCUCCCCGGUCUUCUCCAGCUUCUCCCAAGUCAUCUACAUCUCGGUUGCCUUGAAUCGAACCGGUGGUUCUCUCUUCCCUGACGUUGUUUCGAGCAUGUUGGCGACUUCAGCGCCCCUCAUCAACAGUGUGACGACCAUGUAUUUUGUGCGUCCUUACCGACUCUUCUUCAUUCGGUUAAUAAGAGGAGGCUUCGAAUCCUCUUCGGUUGAAGUCUAUGUCAAUAAUACGCAUACGCAUCCACUAACUAUUACAAAUCGACCUCGCCAGAGCUCUCUAUUUCAAAAGGAUUCAUGA